GAGUCUAGUUUUACAGAUAAAACACAUGGCAACUACAAUGGAAAACGGAGUUCCGCCAUCUCCAAGCUCGAUAAGGAAAAUCAUCACCGUCGCCUCCAUUGCCGCCGGCAUCCAGUUCGGCUGGGCUCUUCAGCUGUCUCUUCUAACCCCAUACGCCCAGACCCUCGGCGUCCCCCACACAUGGGCGUCUUUCAUUUGGCUCUGCGGGCCAAUCUCCGGCCUCCUUGUUCAACCCAUCGUGGGUUACAACAGUGACCGUUGCACCUCCCGGUUCGGUCGACGCCGACCCUUUAUUGUCUCUGGAGCCGCCUCGGUCUCCAUCGCCGUCUUCCUCAUCGGUUUCGCUAAAGACAUGGGUCACCAUGCAGGCGAUUCGUUGGAGAAACCGACGAAACCGAGAGCCGUAGCGAUAUUUGUCGUCGGGUUUUGGAUCCUCGACGUCGCUAACAACAUGUUGCAAGGUCCGUGCCGGGCCCUACUCGCCGACUUAUCGGCUAACGACCACAAAAAGAUGAGGACGGCCAACGGUUGGUUCUCGUUCUUCAUGGCGGUUGGAAACGUUUUGGGCUAUGCCGCCGGUUCUUACUCCCGCCUUUACAAGAUCUUCCCCUUCACAAAAACAAGAGCCUGCGACAUUGAUUGCGCCAAUCUCAAAUCAUGCUUCAUCAUCGAUAUAAUACUCCUCGUCUUAGUCACCGUAACCGCCGUGACAACCGUCAAAGAAUCUCCGUUCACGAAGCAAGUCGACGAGGAAGAAACAGAGAAAAGGUCUCUGUUCGUCGGCGAGGUCGUGUCCGCUUUCAAGAGCUUGAAGAAGCCAAUGUGGAUAUUGUUGCUGGUGACUUGCCUCAACUGGAUGGCGUGGUUCCCGUUCUUUUUGUUCGACACCGACUGGAUGGGGACGGAGGUGUACGGAGGGAAAGUGAAAGGUAACGCGCACGAAGUCAAGAAUUAUGGCGACGGAGUUCGGAAGGGUUCGUUGGGGCUGAUGAUCAACUCGGUCGUGUUGGGGUUGUCGUCGCUGGCGUUGGAGCCGGUGGGGCGGUUGAUCGGUGGGGUAAAAAACGUGUGGGGGGUCGUGAACUUUAUCUUGUGUGCGUGCUUGGCGUCGACGGUGGCGAUUACCAAGGCUGCCGAGGCUUGGAGACAUCGUGCCGGACCCGAGUUUGGCCAUCCUCCGGCUAAUGUUCUAGGCUCUGCGUUGGCUGUAUUCGGAAUUUUGGGUAUUCCACUUGCGGUAACAUUCAGUAUCCCAUUCGCUCUGGCAUCCAUCUACUGCUCUUCUGCUGGUGGUGGUCAAGGUCUUUCUCUAGGAGUGUUGAACAUGUCUAUAGUUAUCCCACAGAUGUUUAUAUCAGUAGUUAGUGGGCCAUUGGAUGAUGCAUUCGGGGGAGGCAACUUGCCGGCCUUUGUGUUCGGGUCAAUAACGGCGGCCGUCAGUGGAUUGUUGGCGAUACUGGCAUUGCCGAACCCGCCGAAACAAGUAUCCCUCUCACCGGGAAUGGGCGGCGGCCAUUAGUACUCGAUCGGUAGCCUUUUGCAUGCAUGUGCCGGUUGUGUGUAGGUUGUUUUUUUCUUCCACAUAAUAUUUGCUUGUGAUGAUGCAAUGCGGUCAUGGCUCAGUCCCAUGCAUCCUUAUGUAUUGUUUUUAAGAGGCUUUUUCUUACAUGUAGGGAAGUUUGCAGG